UCGGGACUUGGUGUCUUCGUUUGUUUUCGGUCAUUCAGCGUAAAUGGAAAUGAGCAGCUUUGGAAGAGUCCGUGAAGGCAGCAUGGGACAAGUGAGGGAAAGAGGAAGAAAUCCACGUCGCCUUUCUUGCAUCGUAAUAGUCCGGUGGUGUGAUGUUUCCAAUGUGUACGUUCAUUUAAAGAAACGCUGCCUUCAGUUAAGCGGAUAACGGUGUUCAUAGUGGCGGGGUGACGCGGACUAACCCACAAUUGGUCCUGUUUGCUGAAAGGGAAAGGACUUUAAAAAAAAAAAAAAGAUGGAGCUGGAAGACGGAGUUGUGUACCAGGACGACCCGGGGACAUCAGCGAUGAUGUCUGAGCGGGUAUCGGGCCUGGCCAACUCCAUCUACCGCGAGUUCGAGCGGCUCAUCGGCAAGUACGACGAGGACGUGGUGAAGGAGCUGAUGCCGCUGGUCGUGGCCGUGCUGGAGAACCUGGACUCGGUGUUCGCCGAGAACCAGGAGCACGAAGUGGAGCUGGAGCUGCUGAAGGAGGACAACGAGCAGCUCAUGACCCAGUACGAGCGGGAGAAAGCGCUGAGGAAACAGGCAGAGGAGAAGUUCAUUGAGUUUGAGGACACUCAUGAACAGGACAAGAAGGACCUGCAGAACAAUGUGGACCGAAUGGAGUCCCACUCCCGCCAACUGGAACUCAAGCUUAAGAACUACGCAGACCAGAUCAGCAGGUUGGAAGAACGUGAAUUGGAGCUCAAGAAAGAAUACAACUCCCUCCAUCAGCGACACACAGAGAUGAUCCAUAAUUAUAUGGAGCAUGUAGAGAGGAUCAAAAUGCAGCAGAUUAGUGAGAUUUCAGAGUCAAGCACAGUUGGCCGAGUCAGGAGAGAGCGGCCUCUUUCUUUGGGGAUCUUCCCACCAUCUGGUGGGGUGUCUAUGCUAACCCCAGAUCCCCAGACCAGGGUAGAGACACUGGGCACAGAGGGCUGGAGGUUCACCGACCCAACACAGCCACGGUCCAACACUAGCCUCAAGCAGUUGGACUUUGUCGACCCCCCAAAGGAAAGGGAGGGUAAGGGUGCGCUGGACUCUUCUUGGGGGAAUUCACUGGCAGACGACUGCAAGGAUGAGCUGUCGGACUUCACCGGCUCCAAGUCGGCCACACCAAUGUCCACCACAGCCUCUGACAUGGAAAGGGAAGAUGGAAACUGUAAGAGCACGGAGGUGCAGGCUGCACCAGGGACCAGAUCCGUAUCAGUGGGUCUGCCUGAAAAUGAGGACAGCUCAGAUGUGCAGGAUAUCAUUGAGUCCACCCCUGAGCUGGACAUGGAUCUCAUUGGAUACAAGCCCUGCAGUACCCCUACUAAAGGCAUUGAGAACAUGGCAUUUGACCGCAAUACAGACUCUCUGUUCGAAGAGCUGUCGUCUGCAGGCACUGGGCUCAUAGGUGAUGUGGAUGAAGGGGCUGACCUGCUGGUGGAGUACUCUGACCUUAGUUUGAUUGGUAUGGGCCGGGAAGUUGAAAAUCUCAUUCAGGAGAAUUCACAGCUGCUUGAGACAAAGAACGCUCUGAACGUGGUGAAUAAAGACUUAAUAUUGAAGGUGGACGAGUUGACCUGUGAGAAGGAGAUGGUGCAGGGGGAGCUGGAUGCUUUGCUGCAGGCCAAGACCAAGAUGGAGGAAAAGAACAAAGAGCUGGAGGAGGAACUCAAAAAAGUGCGACUUGAGAUGGAGGAAGUGAAGCACAAAACUAAAGACGAAGAAGAUAGUGAUGUACCUACAGCUCAGAGGAAGCGCUUCACCCGAGUGGAAAUGGCCAGAGUGCUGAUGGAAAGGAACCAGUACAAAGAGAGACUGAUGGAGCUCCAGGAAGCUGUUCGGUGGACAGAGAUGAUCAGAGCCUCGAGAGAAAAUCCAACCCUCAACGAAAAAAAGAAAUCCAGCAUCUGGCAGUUCUUCAGCAGACUGUUUAGCUCCUCCUCCAGUGUCCCUGCUAUAAAGAAGGUGGAGUCCCAGUCCAACGUGAAAUACAACGCCCCGGGCAGCCUGGUGAAGAGGAGUAGCACGUUCUCCCAAUUUCCCACGGAGAAAUCCAAGACGUUCGACUUCCUAAAUGAAGAUAAGGACCAGUGCAGUUCACCAUCGCGCAAAGAGGCGAAGAGAGCCCAGUACAGACAGGUCAAGGCCCACAUGCAGAAGGAGGAUGGCCGAGUCACUGCACACGGCUGGAGCCUGCCCAGCAAAUACAAGGUGGUAAAUGGUGGACAGCUGGAGAACAAAAUGAACUUACCUGUACCGGUAUACUUGAGACCACUGGAUCAGAAAGAUGCUUCCAUGAAGCUGGGGUGUGCUGCAGGAGUCAACCUGUCUGGGGGAAGGACAGCGCCCACAUCAGAGCUCGCUAAGCAGAUAAAGGGUUCUCAGAGUAGCCUGGACCAGUUAGAGCAUGAGAGUAAGGUAAGGGAACAAGAGAAAGGGGAGCAGGAGAAGGAGCUGGUCCUUCAGGACGAGAUAUCCAGCAGGGUGUGGGUGUGCACAAGCACCCACUCCUCCACCAAGGUGAUGGUGCUGGAUGCCAGUCAACCCUCUGACUUACUUGACAGCUUCUACGCCUGCAAUACCCACGUGGUCUGCAUUGCCAGUGUGCCAGGUGUGUUAGAGACAGAUUAUCCGGCAGGUGAGGAGGUGCCACAAGACCUGGAAGCUACCCAAGGUGAUGGGGUGUCACUGGCCGGCAGUGUGGCCAGUUUGGGCUCCACGGGAAGUGAUGGUACCAUGGCCACAGAGGGGACCACCGCCGUCCCCCAGACGGCCAAUUCAGGUUCUACUGACAAGCUGGCUGAGCACAGCGGCAUUUCAGGCUCAGUUGAGCUCUCUAGAGAGACCAGUCCAGCAGAAGAUGGCAUUCCUACAGCAGAAGAGGCAACAGAAGCGACGGAGGCCAACGCUGGUGUAGGCGAAGAAGGAGAGGAAGACCAGGGAGCAGACCAGAACCAGCCGGGAAUCUACACGGAGCAUGUGUUCACCGACCCACUGGGGGUCGGACCCACUGACUCCUCUCCCACUGACUCACAAAGGGGCUGCAGGCAGGAUGGUGUGACAUCCCUGCCAGAAGAGUUGGAUCUGUCAGAGGGGGAGACUUUGAGGAUGAGCAGCGCCCUCCCAACCAUGUGGCUCGGGGCUCAGAAUGGAUGUCUGUAUGUUCACUCGUCUGUGGCUCGAUGGAGGAAGUGUCUCCAUGCCAUCAAGCUGAAAGACUCCAUCCUCAGCAUAGUGCAUGUUAAAGGGAGAGUCCUUGUAGCUUUGGCUGAUGGGACAUUAGCGAUUUUCCACAGAGGCAUCGCAGAUGGCCAGUGGGAUUUAACCAAUUACCACCUGUUGGAUCUGGGACGGCCCCACCAUUCGAUUCGCUGUAUGACAGUGGUCCAUGACAAGGUGUGGUGUGGCUACAGGAACAAGAUCUACGUCAUCCAGCCUAAGGCCAUGAGGAUAGAGAAGUCAUUUGAUGCUCAUCCUCGUAAAGAGAGUCAAGUGCGGCAGCUAGCCUGGGUUGGAGACGGCAUCUGGGUGUCUAUCCGACUGGAUUCAACUCUACGCUUGUUUCACGCCCACACCUACCAGCACCUCCAGGAUGUGGACAUUGAACCCUACGUCAGCAAGAUGUUGGGUACGGGUAAACUGGGCUUCUCGUUUGUGAGAAUCACAGCUCUAAUGGUGUCCUGCAGCCGACUGUGGGUGGGGACAGGAAACGGUGUCAUCAUCUCCAUCCCGCUGUCUGAAGCCAACAUGUCAACAGGAACAGUGCCAAAUCGGCCCGGCAGUGCUGUCCGGGUUUACAGUGAUGACAGUUCGGACUGUGCUAUGUCGGGCAGCUCCGUGCCGUACUGCUCCAUGGCUCACGCCCAGCUGUGUUUCCAUGGACAUCGAGAAGCUGUCAAGUUUUUUGCCACCGUGCCAGGUCAGGCGAUGCCCCCCCCAGGCACCGCAGACUCAGGCUCUGAUGACCCUCCAUCUGAAUCCUCUGACACAGCGACCUCUGAGCCCAAAACAUUCCUGGUCAUGAGUGGGGGUGAAGGCUACAUUGACUUCAGAAUGGGUGACGAAGGCGGCGAGUUGGACGGCUUAUCAGAGCCAACAGCCAGCCAACAGUCAGCACCUACUAAGUCCGAGCAGAGCCACCUCAUCGUCUGGCAGGUCACAACCUCUCAUGAUUGAAAAAACAAAACAAACUGUUGUCGAUGCCAGGGCCGCCCACCAACCCCUGCAUGUCCUUCUCGAAGUUUUUAAUUUGAUAUUACUGAUUGUUCUUAAUGCCUGAGUAGUUGACUACUUUGUAAAAGGAAAAAAAAAUAUUUUUAGUCCAUGUUUUGUACAGUUUAUUCUUUAUGAAUUUGAAAUAGGUAUGGUGAGGUUUUGUUAACCUGAAGAAUACGUCCAAGUGCGGAAAAGCUGGUGCACACGGGAAAAAGUCGGAGUGACUAGAGGUUGAUCGGGUAAUGUACAGACGCUGUUUGUCUCCCAGUUGUUAAAAAAAAAAAAGGGAAGUGGAUGUGAAAGAUAAAAGGGAAAAAGCAUAAAAAAGGAGCAGGAAGUUUUGAGUUGAACUGAAGUAUAUUUUAUAUUCUACACAUAAGACUUUUACAUUUGUAAACCACAUGUCUGUACGUAUGUGAGCAUCAGGUGUGUGUAGGCAUUCACUGAAGUCUAUCCUGUGUUGAGCAUUUUUAUCAUCUUUACCAUUAGGGGCCCGGUCAGGUGUCAAAAAUACGACACGUACAAGUCAAAGUGUGUACAAAAAUUUCAAAAGGUUAAAUUCUUUGAAUGUUUUUCCGAGGCUGAUUCCUCCACUGUAUUGUCUGAUUAUUAGAGAAGCAGCUUGCACGUACACCAGUGGUAAAUUAAAUGUGCUUUUACUCAGCAAAAAGCUGUAGGGCGAAACAUUGCUUGAGAUGGUUUGUGUUAUUAUUGAAUGACGCCGAGCCCUAUUUACCACAGGUUUAUGUUUUGUGAUAUGAAUAACGUGUAAGCAGUUUGGGUACUCAAAGGUUUGACUAGAAGAACCAGCUUACUGUACUGUAGGUUAGCAUUAGCCUGCAUGGGGGAAAUCCUGUAUCCUUGUCCAAGUGUGUGUGUGUGUGUGUGUGUGUGUGUGUGUGUGUGUGUGUUUGCACCUGCUUGGACGUUUUUGAACGUCUGAACAUCUGUCGUGUGAGGAAGAUCUUCCUGUACCACCAGCGUGGUGCUUCCUGUUUGCUUCAGCUCAUUGGCACUUUAAAAUGUUACAUGUUAGUCGCUUGAGGUUUGGAAGAACACCCGUGGAAAUGUCAAACUACACUACUAUGUGCUAACUGUGCGAAGGGAACAAAACGUGGAAACAUUUCUAGCGAGGUGUCACCCCCCAGUAACCAAAGGAACGAAAGAAGAAGCACCGUGAAACUAUUUCAUUACUUUCCAACUUUGAAACGUGUCAUGAGUCUGAUAAUUUAAAAGUAUACAUGUGUGUUUUCAGGGUGUUGAUGGGGGAAAUAAGCUUGAAUAAGGGAAUCUGACUAAAAAUAACAAUUUUGGUGUGGCACCUUCUAAUGGAAAUGCACACAGCACUAAAGAUCGCUUCAUCAUUCCUUGUUUUGUUGUUACAAAUACAUUUUGGAGUCAAUUAUUGUCCUUUUUUUUGUUGCAUCAUGUGUAUUUUGUAUUCUUGUGAGACACUUUUAUUAUUAAGUAAUGAGUAUUUUGAUGAUAACUGUAACACUAUAGCAGGAUACCAAUAUUAAGCAGGUGUUUUGAUUUGUUUUUAUAUCAGAAAAGUCGGACCAAGAUUGGUCUUCAGUCCAUUUCAGAAUAGUAACUUUAUAUUGUGUUUUUGCCAUUCCAGUAUUUAUUUCCUUUAUGGAGCCUAUCUUGGUUCAGAAUGUAGCUUUCUACACGAGCAAAAUAUAAUAGGAGGCUAUUAUAGUCCAAUGAGUUUACGUGAUUGUUAAUAAUGGUUAAAUAAAAGAAAUUAAUGUAAUCAUGUUGGACAUUUUUGACAAACCAUGAGAUCAAAGUGUGCAAACAAUAACUUGGGUUUUUCGAACAACACAUUCAUGUACUAAGCUAUGCAUGUUUUUUUUUUUAAGAGAACACUGCUAUGUUUUCAGCUAAAUCUGUUUAUUGCCACCGUUUUGGGUGGGGUGGAUGUCUAUAUGUGUGUUUGUGUGUACAGUACAUGUGUACAUGUAGGAGUUUGAACGCAAGACACAUUUGUCAAUGUGUGUUUGAUUUUGUUUUGUUUUCUUGCAAAUGUGCGGUGUAUGUCUGCCCACUGUAUGUCCAUCUGUCAAAAUGUCAGAUGUCCAUCUGUAGAUUGGUCCCAUUUACCUGUUGUUGUUGUACCGGGUAUAUCUGGACGCCAUAACGAUGGUUCCUCCUGGUCAGCGUUUGCUAAAACAGCAUCAUAGCCUUAUUUUUAACAAUCUAUUAAACUCAGUUUCAUG